GCCCCACCCCUCCCCUCACAGCCGCGGGGCCAUUGCAGCUGCUAUAAGAGCCCUCCCUGACACGAUGACUGUCUCACUGGACCAUCAUAUGGGGAAGUGUCAAAACUAAAUUGGGACUUCUGCCGCGUAAACCGUGAAGUUGCAGCCACUUUUACGCACGGCUCUUGUCUGCAUGCAGCUGUCCUCUACUUGAAAAUAAGGGAUUGGCUUUCCCCUGUGAAACACUUGCCAACAUAUGAUGGCUUUCACUAUGCUGAGGCCGGUAUCGACGCAUCCCUUUUCUUACCCCGCAGACCUGACCUUGAUGUCGGACGACGAGGAAGGAAACCGCAGCGAGAGCGACGGCAGCACCGACCAGGGCUACGGCUGCUGCGGGAUUCCGGGGGAGAGUUACAGGAGGGAGUCCGGCGGCGUUGUGCGGCAUCGGAACGCCGCUAACGCCAGGGAGAGACACCGGACCCAGAACGUCAACACGGCCUUCACAGCGCUGCGGACACUCAUCCCCACGGAACCGGUGGACAGAAAACUCUCCAAAAUCGAGACGUUGCGCCUGGCAUCCAGCUAUAUCUCACACUUGGCCAACGUGCUGGUGGUCGGGGACGGAAGAGAGGACGGACAGCCGUGUCUUAGUGCUGUCUACAAGGAGGUGAAGGGGAGUGGAGAGGGCAAACAGCCCCGGAAUAUAUGCACAUUCUGCCUCAGCAACCAACGGAAAGGGGUGAAAGACAGGCGAGACUGUGUGAAAAUGCAUGGAGGCAGUGUGAGACAAAUAAGUCGGCGAUGAAACUCUGAGUAGGAUUGGAUCUACUCUUCAGAGUAGACGUCAGGGAAACCUCCACCAACUAUUCCUAGAGUCUGGACGCAUCUCAGUCUUUGAGGACCACUCUGACUUUUAACUUUGCCUCAUUGGUCACUUUACCCAGAAUGUGAUAAGAGGACUGGCACCAAAACCAUCUGAUAGUCUUUUUUUACAGCACACUUACUUAUGUCACAGGGGACUGUUGUAAUAGUGAGAAAAAGAGUGUAAAGCUGCUAUAUGGUCAUGGAUGUUCUUUUUAUUCUGAUGACAAACAUUUUCAGGGGAAUAGUAAAAUAGACAAAUUCUACAUGACGAACAGUGCUGAGCAAACGCUCCCUCAAUUAAUUGGCAUUUAGCCACCAAAAAAGGCCCACGAAAAAAUGACAACAGAUAUCAAUAAGUUUGCCGAUUUUACAUCACUGCAAUAGAAAUAAAUUGCCAGUUGUCAACUCGGAAGUGAUUGUUGUUAGCGUGACACCAUGGUGAUUCGGUCCAUUGGCCAGUUGAUGCUCCUCAAGUCAAGGCAAGAAUGGAUGCUUCCUUGCUAGGAUGGGUCCUUCCAAGUCGGGUCCCACAGAGGCUAGGCAAGACUCCUUCCUAGCAUUUGGUGGCCACACAUUGGAACAGGCUAGUGAGUGCCAGGUGUGCAUCACUGAAGAUGCCUUGCCUUUGCCUUCUGGCAAAUCAUGCACAAAUAAUUGUGGGUACAUUGUGCCUGCUGAGGAUACACACAUGCUACCUUGAAAAUUCUCUAGAAGGAGGACUCUGUCCUUGGUAGAAUUCAAAGGAUCCUUGACAUUUGAACAGUCCUUUGGUGGUAUUUGAUGAUGAAGCCUCUUUGAAAUUCAGCCAUUUAAGGAUCCUUCCUUGACUUUGAGUAGCACCAUGAAUCUCUAAUGCUCUUAUUUAAACAGGAAGUGAGUAACAGACAGAUUUUUGCAUUGUUUAUUUGAAAUUUACAGAGGUUUGAAAUUUAGGAACAUAAACAUUACCUGCUCUGGAUUACAAAAAGUUAUCACAUAGCAGCAUGGAUCAUGGUCAUCUCCUAUAAUUACUUAAAGGUCCAAUCCAUAAUCCAAAUAUAAAUAAAAGGACAUCUUUGCCAUUCACAUUCAAAGCUAAGGAUUUGAACCAGCUGUCACUUUUAGACUAUUGACUUAAAUUUCUUCAUGAACUGACAACAGAUGAUAACUAAAUCCAUGUUAUCAUUUUUUUAUGAUGCUGGUUAAAGUUUAUUUAUAUAAAUAAUGUUUCCUUUCAUCUGUAGGUCAAAAGCUUUUGUCACAUAUGUGGAACUACCAAAGCAUUAGCAUGACCGCUGGACAGAGGAUCAGACAUAGAGAUGCUCUUUGUGCCGGCCCCUUCAUACAUUGCAUUGAGUGAGGGACUGAAGAGACAAAUUCCCUUAAAAGUUUGCAUCCUUCUUUAAGAUGACACUAAGAGGAUUCUGAGAGGCUUGGCUCACAAACUGAUUUGUAGCCUUACAGCAGAGCAGUUUCAGGAAUAAUACGUGAGAGGAUAGACCAAUCCAUCCACCUCAGCUGGCAAUGUUAAGUUGUGUGCAACAGGACAUGCUUGUGGGACACUAUUUUGUGAGCU